CUUUAUUUCGUGGAUUGAUCAUACUAUAGAUAAAGGGAUUAUAAAAUGCUGCUGAUGAAGACACAGUUAUUCAUUGUGUUCAGCAUAUACCGAGAAUCGAGCAUGUAUACGACAAUUACGUUUCUUAAUUUCUUUGUUAUUACGUUGAUAUCGAUUAUUCAUGGUUUGCCAGUGGAUACUCACGAGUAUAUCAUCGGCGGUACUGAUGCUCCGAUCGGCAAGUAUCCACAUCACGUAGCCUUGAAAUAUCAGGGUGGGUUUGUCUGUGGAGGAUCGAUUAUUAGCAAACGAUAUGUACUUACUGCAGCUCAUUGCAUUAAGAGUGUUCCCGAUCCCAAGAAAAUUGAAGUCCACGCUGGUACAGUUUAUUUAAACGAGACAGGUGACAUCUAUCACACAGAAAAUGUGGUAUGGCAUUCCGCUUAUGACAGCAGGAUUCUUAAUGACGACAUCGGUCUCAUUCGAUUAAAUCAGGAUAUUGUGUGGAGUGAUGUCGUAAAACCCAUUACGCUUGCACGGGAAGAUUUCGCUGUCGAAAAUUUCCCCUGUGUUCUGUCCGGUUGGGGCAUAAUUCAGCUUGAAGGGCCUACGCCUAAUAGACUGCAAGAGAUUGCUUUAAAAGUUUUCUCUCCCGUAAAAUGUAAACUUUCGUCUUCGCUAGUAACCGAUAAUCAUAUAUGCACUUUGACAAAAAAAGGCGAAGGAGUAUGCUUUGGUGAUUCAGGCAGUGCUCUCGUUGCUAACGGUAUUCAAAUUGGAAUUGUAUCUUUCGUUACUCCAUGUGCUUUAGGAGUUCCUGAUAAAUUUAUUAAAGUAUCUGCAUAUCAAGAUUGGAUCAAGAAACAUGGUGGUUCUUGUAAAAUUGGGCUACUUAUACGGCGUAUAUAUACCGAAAGAAAGUUUCAUUAUUGUCAGUACGAACGUUUCACGAUGCACGCGUUCUUUGCUCUUGUAGUCGCCUGCUUAGCAGUAGCCGUUCACGGCUUUCCAAAUUCUCACAUUGUUGGUGGAAAGGAUGCCCCGGUCGGCAAAUAUCCGCAUCAAGUAUCUUUGAGAAGAUACGGAUCUCACUCCUGCGGUGGAUCCAUCAUUAAUAAGCGCACUGUUCUCACCGCCGCUCAUUGUGUCGUAAACUAUGUCGGCUCCCCGAGCGAAUUGCAAUCACUAACUAUCCACGCCGGAACUAAUCUAUUAAGCGAAACCGGUGUCGUUUACAAAGCAGAGCAAGCCAUCGUGCAUGAGGAUUUCGAUUCUUCCGCAUUAGUUAAUGACGUCGGUUUACUUAUUCUGUCAAAUCUCGUUGAAUACACCAGCUUGAUCAAGCCCAUACCACUCGCAACUACUGACGUCGCUCCUCCCGGUCAUUCCUGCAGUUUGUCUGGAUGGGGAAGAACCUCGUUAGGUGGUUUGGUUCCUGACAAUUUACAAGAAAUCGAGUUGAACGUUUACGACCAAGAAAAAUGCAAACAAUCACAUUGGAGGGUGCAAUCUUCUCACAUUUGCACACUCACUAAAGCAGGCGAAGGCGCGUGCCAUGGUGAUUCUGGCAGUGCUCUUCUUGCUGAGGGUGUUCAGAUCGGUAUUGUCUCUUUUGGUGAACCAUGUGCACGUGGGGCUCCCGAUGUAUUCACUAGGGUGGCCGCUUUCCAGGAUUGGCUUAAAAAACACGUUGCUGACGCAUAAAACAACAAAACGAAAUGUUACAUGCACAUUUUGUUAUUAUUUUCAAGCAAUAAAUAUAUCACAAAAUUGAUAAUAUAACUAAUAAUUGUAUGUAAUUAUGAAAACAUUUCUGGCCCAUGCAUGUUUUUGUUUAAUUAAAAAAUUAUUUGUUAUUCAUGGACAAAA